CUUGAGAGACGCAACACAAGCUUAGCUAAACUUAGCAAAGAUCCAAAAAAAUAAAACAUUAUUCAACUUCAUUAAAAUCUUAGGUUAUUUUUCCUUCUUUGUUAUCUCGAGCACUUCACAAUGGCAACCCCAACCUUUGAAUCGAGUCGAGCUCGAGCCAUGUGGCGGACUUGCCUUGCCUCUGCCCUUCGAACCGCCUUGGCUUGCACCAUAGUUGGUCUAACCACCCUUUUCGGACCACCAUAUAUCAAGAAGCAAGUCGCAUUCCCAGCUUUUUCCUACGUUACUGUUAUUCUUAUUGUGACCGAUGCAACCUUAGGUGACACAUUUCGUGGCUGUUGGAAUGCACUUUACGCCACCAUUCAAGGUGUUUGCCCCGCUAUUCUCAGCCUGUGGUUAAUUGGCCCGGCCCGCCUCACAGCCAGCACCACCUCCAUCGCGGUGGCUAUUAGCGCCUUCGUGGUGGUUUUACCCGAAAACACUCACUUGAUAGCUAAGCGCAUAUCACUAGGCCAAAUUGUUGUUGUUUAUGUGAUAGCUUAUAUUAAUGGUGGCCUAACCGAAACUAUUAUGCAUCCUCUUCAUGUUGCGGCUAGCACAGGGCUAGGAGCUGUGGCUUGUGUUUUGGCCUUGAUUUUUCCCUACCCAUUCCUGGCAUGUUGCGAGGUGAAACGGAAUUGCAAGCUCUUUGCUGAAAAUGCUUCAGAGAGGUUUAACUUGUUUGUGAAGGCAUUUUCAGCUGAGGACAAUACUUGUGCACUUGCUUUCAUUUCUCAAGCCAAGUCCUUGAUCAAAACAGGAUCCAAACUUCUCCAGAGCAUUAAAACCAAGCAAGAAAGCAUGAGGUGGGAAAGAUUUUCAUUCAAGUUUCUAAGACCAUAUGGAGAGAACCCUGGGAGCAAAUUUCAAGAUCUUCAAACACCUUUAAGAGGGAUGGAAAUCGCCUUGGAUAAUUCUCCUUCAUUUCCAGUUGGAGUUCUUAACUCGGAGCUAAAAUCUGGUCUAUACAUGCUAGGAGAACACAUCUCAGAGAAAGUCAACAGCAUGUCCCUCGAGUCAUCCGCAACUGUGCCAGAGUCAAAUCCAGAAAAUUCCCAGAAGUUCUUCCAAACACUUCACACAAUUCAACCAACAAAAAAAGAUCUUCCUUCUUUAUUCUUUUUAUUUUGCAUGAACCUCUUCAUAAACAAACCAAUUGCCCCUUCACCACCCAAAGAAGGCUCCACCAAGCAAGAAAAUCAAGAAGGGUUCUUGAAAAAAUCUUGUACCAAUUACUUGUCCAUUACCAAAAAUAACAAAAGGUUCACGCCAGCUUUCAAAUGUUCACUCUCAUUAGGCCUUGCUGUUUUUUUCGGAUCAAUCUAUAGCAAGGAAAAUGGAUUUUGGGCAGGUCUUCCAGUUGCAAUUAGCCUAGCAGGAUCAAGAGAAGCAACUGUCACAAUUGCAAAUUUUAAGGCACAAGGGACAGUGUUGGGAACAAUAUAUGGUAUUUUAGGAUGUUUUGUCUUUGAGAAAUAUGUGCAAAUUAGAUUCUUGUCUCUUCUCCCAUGGUUCAUAGUCAGCAGCUUUUUGAGACAAAGCCAAAUGUAUGGCCAAGCUGGUGGGCUUGCAGCUAUUAUUGGGGCACUACUAAUUCUUGGUAGAAAAGGUUUUGGCCCACCAAGUGAAUUUGCCAUAGCAAGAAUAACAGAGACUUUUAUUGGACUGUCCUGUUCCAUCAUGGUAGACAUUUUGUUACAUCCCACAAGAGCUUCAACAUUAGCAAAAUUUCAGCUUUCCAAGAAUUUUGAAAUCUUGCAUGAAUGCAUUGGGUCAAUAAGUUUUGGAUCAUCGGGAAAUUUAGUUGAAAGUCAAAACAAACUGAAAUUGCACAUAAAUGAGUUGGGGAAAUUUAUUGGUGAAGCUGAGGCAGAGCCCAAUUUUUGGUUUGUGCCAUUUCAUGGUGUUUGCUAUCGUAAGCUUAUGGGGUCAUUGUCAAAAAUUGUGGAGUAUCUGCAUUUUGGGUCACAAGCUUUUAUGUUACUUGAACAAGAAUCUGGAGGAAUUGACAAUUUUGUAAAUAAUCUAGAUGGUGAUUUCAAGCUUUUCAAAGAUUUUGUUGGCUCUUCCAUCAAAUGUUUUAAGGAGGUCAGUUUGGUCAAAUCACUAGCACUACUUGAUAAGGAAUUUGAGAAGAAGAAACUUUCAGUUGACGUUGAAUUAGGAACAUCACCGAGUAGCUUUUAUAAUAUAAUAAGGUCAGCAAGUGAAGAGGAGAUUGAUGAAAACUUCAGGUCCUAUUUUCAACAUUCAAAAGAGUUUGUGGACCAAAUUGUUAAUGGUGAGGAGUUGAAGGGCCAAGUGGUGUUAAGCUUGAGUGCCUUGGCUUUCUGCAUGGACGGACUUGUGAAGGAGACUAAAGAGAUUGAGAAGGCAAUUAAAGAACUUGUACAGUGGGAGAAUCCUUCAAGCCAUGUGAAUUUGCAUGACAUUUCAUGCAAAGUACGUGCUUUAGCCAAUAGUGUAGCAAAUUAGUAGUACGUGUAGAACUUAUGAAAUUAUUAACUAAAAGAUACUACAUUAAUGAUACUUGAGGAUAUCAUAUUUGUAACUAUCAAUUGAGAAAAUAAUUUACUGUACUAUUUAUAUAGAUUCAUAAUAAUUUAUA